AACCCUACACCAAAUUCGCCAUUUUCCCUCCUUCUCUACCCGCCCCGAACUCCUCAAUUCCCUCCAUCUUUCUUCAAUCUUCAAAAUUUUCAACUUUUAGCUCACAAGCGGGAGUCGAGGAAAUCGACAUUUUCUUCUGGCGCCCGGGCGUCGAGGAUUCUCCACUUCCUGUUCUGUUCAAACCCUAGGAGUGGGAUUCUUUGAUUCCUAGGGUUUUCGAACAGGGGAAGACGUGAUGUCUGAUAUUGUACUUCGUGACGUCAGCAAUGCUGGACUUGUGGUCAGCGACCGCAUUGGUCGUGAUGUUGCAGCUCAAACCGAUCUCGAGGAAGCCCUGGAGGCUUCCAGGUAUGCAAGUCAUCCGUAUACGACUCAUCCUAGAGAGUGGCCUCCUUCAGUGGAAGUUGUGGAUUCUUGGGAGUUGCCCCCUGUACUAAUUGAAAGAUACAAUGCAUCUGGUGGGGAAGGAACUGCAUUAUGUGGAAUUUUUCCAGAGAUACGCAGAGCGUGGGCAUCAGUGGAUGAGUCUCUGUUUCUUUGGCGGUUUGAUAAGUGGGAUGGUCAAUGUUCUGAAUAUAGUGUUGAUGAACAAGCUAUUUGUGCAGUUGGCCUAGCCAAAGCCAAGCCUGGCAUUUUUGUUGAAGCUAUCCAGUAUCUUCUAGUCUUGGCCACUCCUGUUGAGUUAAACCUUGUAGGGGUAUGUUGCUCUGGAAGCAGUGAUGGAAUAGAUCCAUAUUCAGAGGUGUCACUUCAGUCACUUCCGGAAUAUACAAUUCCAUCUGAUGGAGUGACUAUGAGUUGCAUUGCAUGCACUGACAGUGGGCAUAUUUUUCUUGCUGGUCGUGAUGGCCAUAUUUAUGGGUUGCAAUAUACGACAGGGUCAGGGUGGCAGAAGCGAUGUCGUAAAGUUUGCUUAACUGCAGGUCUUGGAAGUGUCAUUUCAAGGUGGAUUGUACCAAAUGUAUUUAAGUUUGGAGCAGUUGAUCCCAUUGUUGAAAUGGUUGUUGAUAAUGAGAGGAACAUCUUAUAUGCACGUACUGAAGAAAUGAAACUUCAAAUAUAUUUAUUCUGUCCAGAUGGGGUUGGGCCCCUUAAGAAGGUAGCCGAAGAAAGGAAUUUGAUAAAUCAGAGGGACCCCUAUGUUGGAAGGCAGCCAAGUGCACCAAGAACCCCUCGAUCUUCUAGAACAUCUAUAGUUACCAUCUCUCCUUUGUCCAUCUUGGAGUCAAAGUGGCUACAUGUUGUUGCUGUUCUGUCAGAUGGAAGAAGAAUGUACCUUUCUACAUCGUCUGGUGGGAACAGUGGUUCUGUUGGAGGUCUGGGUGUUCUUAAUAAUCAGAAGCCAAAUUGCUUGAAAGUUGUAGCUACCAGGCCAGCACCUCCUUUAGGUGCUGGUGGGGGGCUUAGCUUUGGAGCCAUAUCUCUUGCCAGUAGGUCUCAGAGUGAGGAUCUAUCGCUGAAGAUUGAGUCUGCAUAUUACUCUACUGGAACUCUUGUACUUUCUGAUUCAUCUCCAUCUACUGCCUCUUCUCUUCUUAUUGUGAACAGAGAUUCUAGUGCUCAGUCAACUUCAACUACAUUUGGAGCUGGUGCAAGGAGUUCUCGUGCACUCCGGGAAUCAGUAUCAUCUCUACCAAUAGAAGGAAGAAUGCUGUUUGUGGCAGAUGUUCCACCCCCGCCUGACACAGCAGCCACUGUGGGAUCUCUAUAUUUACAACCAGAGUUCACCGGUGAAUCAUGUGAAAAGACUUUUGGUAAAGUUUGGGCUAGGGGUGAUCUUUCAACCCAACAUAUAUUACCAAGAAGAAGAGUAAUAGUUUUCAGUACUAUGGGCUUGAUGGAAAUAGUCUUUAACCGGCCAGUUGACUUACUGAGGAGGAUGUUAGAGUCCAACUCGCCUAGAUCACUAUUGGAGGAUUUCUUCAAUCGUUUUGGAGCAGGAGAGGCUGCUAGUAUGUCUUUAAUGCUUGCUGCAAAGAUAAUCUACAGUGAUACUCUCAUAAGUAAUGCUGUUGCUGAAAGGGCAGCUGAAGCAUUUGAGGAUCCAAGACUUGUUGGAAUACCACAACUAGAAGGCAGCGGUGCAUUCUCAAAUACUAGAACUCCAGCUGGGGGAUUUAGCAUGGGUCAGGUUGUUCAAGAGGCUGAGCCAGUUUUUUCUGGGGCUUAUGAGGGGCUGUGCUUGUCCUCAUCAAGGUUGCUUUUACCGUUAUGGGAACUUCCUGUUUUUAUUAUGAAAGGUAACCCAGCUUCUUCAGAUGCACCUGAAAAUGGGAUCAUGGUCUGCCGACUUUCCCCUGGGCCAAUGCAGGUCCUUGAAGACAAGAUUCGUUCUCUGGAGAAGUUUCUCAGGUCUAGGAGGAACCAAAGGAGGGGGCUCUAUGGUUCUGUUGCUGGUCUAGGUGAUCUGACUGGCUCAAUUUUGAUUGGUACGAGUGAAGAUCUGGGCUCUGGUGACAGAGGCAUGGUGCGGAAUCUGUUUGGAUCUUAUUCUCGGAAUGUUGACUCCAGUGAUGUUGGAAUGUCAAAUAAAAGGCAGCGGCUUCCUUAUAGCUCUGCAGAACUUGCUGCAAUGGAGGUGAGAGCAAUGGAAUGUAUCAGGCAGUUGCUCCUGAGGUGUAGUGAAGCGCUAUUUUUACUCCAGCUUCUGUCACAACAUCACUUGACACGCUUGGUUCAGAACUUUGAUGCUAACAUGAAGCUUGCACUACUUCAGUUGACUUUCCAUCAGCUGGUCUGCUCUGAAGAGGGUGAUAGAUUGGCCACAAGAUUUAUAUCUGUUCUUAUGGAGUUUUAUACUGGCCCUGAUGGCCGGGGAACUGUUGAUGAUAUAAGUGCUAGGUUGUGUGAUGGCUGUCCAAGCUAUUAUAAGGAGUCUGAUUACAAGUUCUUCUUAGCUGUUGAAUGUCUUGAGAGAGCUGCUGCUGCGUCUGAUGCUGGUGAGAGGGAAAGCCUUGCUAGAGAAGCCUUUAAUUACCUAAGCAAAGUUCCAGAGUCUGCAGACUUACGAACUGUAUGCAAACGUUUUGAAGAUUUGAGAUAUUAUGAAGCUGUGGUUCGAUUACCUUUACAAAAGGCACAGUCUGUUGACCCUGCUGGCGAUGCGUUUAAUGAACAAAUAGAUCCUAUGAUUCGAGGUCAUGCACUUACUCAACGAGAGCAAUGCUAUGAGAUUGUUGCUAAUGCUUUGCGUGCUUUGAAAGGCGAAGUGUUCCAAAGAGAAUUUGGUUCUCCUAUCAGACCUGUUGCCCAAUCUGUUCUUGAUCAAGCCUCCAGGAAAAAAUAUAUAAGCCAGAUCGUUCAACUUGGUGUUCAAUCUCCUGAUAGACUCUUUCACGAGUAUUUGUACCGGACACUAAUUGACUUGGGGCUGGAUGAUGAACUGUUGGAAUAUGGAGGCCCUGAUUUGGUGCCUUUUCUGCAAAGUGCUGGUCGUGAAUCUUUACAUGAGGUUCGGGCUGUUUCUGCAGUAACGCCACCAAUUUCUCCACUGGGUCAUUCAAGAGUAGCUGUGCCAUCCAACCAAACAAAAUAUUUUGAGCUUCUAGCUCGAUAUUAUGUCUUAAAGCAGCAGCAUAUUCUUGCAGCCCAUGUUUUGGUAAGAUUAGCAGAACGCCGAGCUACAGAUUCAGGGGAUGCACCUUCGCUGGAACAAAGGCGUCAGUACUUAAGUAAUGCUGUCCUGCAAGCCAAGAGCGCUAGUGAAACCAAUGGUCUGAGUGAUUCUGGCCGGAGUGCUCUUGACAAUGGGUUGUUGGAUUUACUUCAAGGAAAGCUAGCAGUGCUGCAAUUUCAAAUUAAGAUUAAAGAACAACUGGAGGCUAUGGCUUCCAGGUUGGAGGCUUCUCCUAGCACAUCUGAAUCUGUUGCAACUGAAGCAGUACCUAAUGGGGGUCAACCUGUUGAUAACAAUUUUUUACUCUCUCUAAAAGAAAAGGCCAAGGAGUUAUCAAUGGAUUUGAAGAGUAUUACUCAACUUUAUAAUGACUAUGCUGUGCCCUUUGAAUUGUGGGAGAUAUGCUUGGAAAUGUUAUACUUUGCAAGCUAUUCUGGUGAAGCUGAUAGUAGCAUCGCACGGGAGACUUGGGCUAGGCUCAUUGAUCAAGCACUUUCAAAUGGUGGCAUUGCAGAAGCUUGUGCUGUAUUGAAGAGGGUUGGUUCUAAUAUAUAUCCUGGAGAUGGAGCUGUGUUACCUCUGGAUACUCUUUGCUUGCACUUAGAGAAGGCUGCACUGGAGCGAGUUGCUAGAGGUGUUGAAUCUAUUGGAGAUGAAGAUGUUCCUAGGGCUCUUCUAGCUGCCUGCAAGGGUGCAAUUGAGCCUGUAUUAAAUACCUAUGACCAAUUGUUAUCCAGCGGUGCAGUAUUACCUACUCCAAAUUUGAGGUUACGUCUCCUCCGAUCAGUACUGGUGGUGCUUCGUGAAUGGACAAUUUCUGUCUUUGCCCAGAGAAUGGAUACAAGUGUAGCUGGGGCCUCUCUAAUUCUUGGUGGAACCUUUUCACUGGGACAGACUGCGGCAUUUAGUCAAGGUGUUCGUGACAAAAUUACUAGUGCAGCAAAUAGGUACAUGACCGAGGUACGAAGGCUGUCUCUCCCGCAAAGUCAAACAGAAGCCGUCUACCGUGGUUUCCGGGAGCUUGAAGAGUCACUAUUAAGUCCAGCUCCAUUCGAUCGCUUUUGUUAGUACGCUCACAGGUUCCUUGUAUAAACUUGUUCGAGAUUUUAUUCUGCACAUUAAUUUGCUAUACAAAUGUUUGUUCUUCCAUUGUUCAGAAUCUGAUUUUCAACUUUAUCUUGGCUCCUUUUCCUUAGUGUAACAAGUAUCUCUAGGAUAGCAUUCUUACUCUAAGCUGAAAUGGAAUUAUUGAAUAUUCAAACAGUCCAUUGUCUGUGCUAGUAAUAAAACCAGGUCCCUUUGCAAUGCUCUA